AUGUGCCCGGAUUUAUACCCACAUACAUUCAAAAGUUACACACCAAGAGGCAAUAUGACUUACGGUAAUUACACAAGGAUACCUCAUAUCACAGGAAUAAAACAAUGUGCUCUAUCAUGCUGCACAACAUCGAGCUGCAACGUGGUGCUGAUGUUUAACUCUACGUGUUAUCAUGUAAAGUGCAAGCAAUCGGACAAGUGUGCGCCUUUGUAUCGGCCCGAGUUUGUUAAUUUGGUGGACCCACCAAGUAUGGUGCUGAUCAAGCCAGUAGAAAACGACGUUACGUGGAACGACGUGCUGGGACAAUUCUACGACACAAAUCCGCUUUUAAUUGACGCGGUAUCUAAUCGCGAAAGCAACAUACAACUGCCAGGUAUCAGUUGUAUGGAUAACAAUAAUUGCCAAGAUAACCAAGUGUGUGUCAAACGCACUUCUUCUGACGACGAUAAAACCGCGAUUGGAGUUUGCGAGGACAUACAGCCGGAGUUUGAGAUGGAGGAGGUAAAGUCUAAUAUUAAAAAUUCCCAGAGUAUGGAAACUAAGCCGGUGGUCAAGAAGCAGCUGGUGGUAUCUGCGGUGUCCAAAGAACUCCGCUUGCCUGAUAAUCAGGUAACUUUGUCGGCGUUCACCGUCCCGGCGGAGCAGGGCAACGAGCACUAUAACUACGCUUGGAGCUUGCUGAGCCAGCCGGAAGGACACACGGGGACAAUGACUGAUCAAAAUCUCCCCACAGUAAAGCUGAGUAAUUUAUCCGAGGGCUUGUACAAGUUUAGAGUGGUGGUAACCAGCUCAAACGCUUAUGGAGAAGCUUAUGCUAAUGUCAGUGUCUUGCCACCGAAGCGAAUAAACAAGCCGCCGAUAGCGAUCAUCUCUCCGGCGUCUCAGAUCGUUAAAUUGCCCAACACUGGCGCCGUGCUGGAUGGAUCUUCAAGUACUGACGACGACCGCGUCGUUUCUUAUCACUGGGAGCUACAGCAAGGCCCCAUUGGCUAUCAGCCGAAUCUUGUGGAUACUCCAACACUUCAGUUGGACAAUCUUAUCGCGGGGAAUUACACAUUCAAGCUGACUGUAGAGGACUCGGAUCAUGUUACUAAUUUUACAACCGCGAAUAUAACGGUGCUUAAAUUAAUCGACUAUCCGCCGAGCGCAAACGCCGGGCAGGAUAUAAUUAUUUACUUACCACAGAAUACGAUUACGUUGAACGGAAAUCUGAGUACUGACGAUCACGGUAUUGCCAGCUGGGAAUGGACCAAGAGUCCUUCAGAUCAGAAUAAAGCUGUUGAUAUGCAAAACACUCGGACGCCGUAUUUGCAGUUGUCUAAUUUGGAGGAAGGGAUGUAUACGUUUGUUUUGAAAGUAACAGAUGACUCCGAUCAAUACUCCACCGCGGAAGUUCAUGUGUUUGUUAAACCUCCGACUAAUAGACCGCCUAAAGCUGAGGCGGGUAAAGACAUCACUGUAGCGCUACCGCAGACUAGAGUUAAGCUUGAUGGUAGCAAUAGCAAGGAUGAUAUUAAAAUUGUUUCUUAUCAUUGGGAACAGUUGUCCGGUCCGAACAAAGCCGAAUUUUCCGCGGCGAAUAAGUCAGUUACUAAUGCUACUAAAUUAACCAAGGGAGUUUAUAAUUUUAAAUUGACUGUCAUUGAUGACAAUGGUAACAAAGAUUCAGAUACUGUAAAAGUUGAGGUGACGCAGAAUAAAAAUGCUCCGCCUAAAGCUAAUGCCGGAGGAGAUCAAAUUGUAAUGGCUCCUGUUAGUGCGCUGAUUAUUAAUGGAUCUCAGUCGACGGAUGACUUGAAAAUUAGCCAGUGGCUUUGGACAAGAGACCCGACCAGCUUGGCUAUUGGUAAAAUAAUCGACGAUACUAAUCACUCGCCGGUUUUGAUGGUAACUGAUGUUGUUCCCGGAAGAUAUGUGUUCAAAUUAAAAGUUUCGGAUGAUCAGGGCUUGAGCAGUGAAGAUACUGUGUCAGUUAUUGUUAAAUCUGAUCCCCAGCUGUUGUAUCUUGUUGAAUUGACAUUGAAUAUUGGAGCGCAUUUAUUGACAGAGUCUCAGAAGAAUUCUUUAGUAGUAAAAUUACAAAUGCUACUGCGGGAAGAAGUCUCGAUUGUUGUAAGAGACUUGAAGCCUGAACCUAGAACUGGUCGCGCUUGUUUGAUAUUUUACGUCGAGCGCAAGGACAAAAAAUCUUCAAUGACCGGGCGAGAAGUUGUGGAUAGACUGAAAAAAAAGUUCAAACAAGACUCGGGACUUUUACAACUCUCGGUUACGGAGGUUGACACUGUUAUUUGUCAAAAUAAUUGCUCGGGUCAUGGAGUUUGUGAUGAAGAGUCACGCCAGUGCUUAUGUGAAGCUUUCUGGAUGCAAAACUUGAUACAAAAGUACUUCGGAAACGGAGAGUCUAAUUGCGAGUGGAGUAUUUUGUAUGUUAUUAUUGCUUUGCUGGCGCUGGUGAUUAUUUUCAUUGGUUUUAUCUGGAGUUUCAUCUGUCUCUGUCAGAGGAUUUGUGCUGGUAAAAGUCGCACGAGGUUCAAGAAAAAGUCUACAAGGUACUCUCUUCUUCAGCCGCAUCUUGCGGAUGAUGACGACAGCGGCGGAGCGUUUCUGCAACGCAAAAUGGCCAUUUCGGAAUCUGAUACCGAGUCUGAUGAUGUUUUGUUCGAACAUCGGAGAAUUAAUAAUAAAAAUAAUUAUGAUCAUAAUAUUAGAAUUAAUAAUAAUGGAAAAUCCCGAAAUGGAUUUAUUAAAAAUAACUCGAAAAUUAAAACAUGA